UUAUUUCUGAAAAUAGAGUCGAACCGUCGAAUUUGUUGGCAGUUUAAAAUUAACUGACGAUAUCGAAACGUGUACCGAACGGUGGCGCCUUGAACGGUUCGUACACGAGGCGUCAGUAAACGCACGAGUACCUUUCAAUCUAGCUCUUUCGCGGUAACAGAAACGUAAGAAUCAAUUACGGUGAACGUUUGAAAACAAUUUCGCGGGAAUAUCGUCAGUAUCGUUUGACUGCCAACGAAACACGUGUUUUCGAUUAAUACGAUUUUAAGGGAAAUCCAGGGGAACGUUCGCAACUCGAAAGACAACAUUUAGAGUUACGUAGUAGUUGCUACGUCGAUAAUGUCGUUCGACUUAACGCAGCAAAGUUCCGGUGAUUCGGUGAGUGUGCUCUUUUCAAACAUGGAGAGGUUAUUUGUUUGAAAUAAUAUGUGGGAUUUAGGAAAUCGGAGUGUCGUUGCGUUAGUAAGUGUGUUGAGUGGGUGCGUGUUCCUGUACAACGUUUGGGGACCGAUCCUUAUUCUAACAAUUUUACUUUUCCUCACUAUUUAUGCGUGCUAUUCUUUAAUCACCAACGACAGUUUAUUGUCGCCGCACGCGUCUUUUCUUUUUGAUUAUUGUGUGCGCGUCUUUCUUGAAGUUCGUGCGAAAUUCGAGAGUAUCGUCGACCACGUUUAUCGGUACUCUCGCAUAUUUUGGGAAACUGCAAAUCGUCGUUUUUUCGAAGUGUUCCUAACCAAGAUUAGGAUGGAGAGACGUCGAGGACCCCACUAUCAGCUUAGCACCGAUCCAUACCCGACUAGGAGGAACUCGUCAAAAUUUGAUUCAAUAGCGCAGCUCAGCCCAAUUUCACGGAAUGCGCGAGAGUCAAACGCGAACGAGCUAACAUCAGAGAACAAAGUUUAUCGCAACCCUAAUCAUUCCUUGUACGCUCGCGGUGCUUUCUCUAAAGUCACUUCUACACCACUGUUAUCACGAAGCAAGGAAGAAUUUGAAAAUGAAUCAUCCAGUCAAGGUACAUCCCAGAGAAUGACCCCUGUGUAUUCACAUCAUCGUAGUUUAACACGGGGCGAAGAUGUGACAUACUAUAGUUCGGAAGGGUCUCCGUGGGGAACCACCAUUAGUCCAAAAGCUCAUCCGACAGCAAGUGAAUCCAAAUCACCUCUGUCACAAAGCAGACCAUUAUCCGUAUCAACCAGGUAUAAUAUAGAUCCAAGGGUGUACAAUGAUGUAACUUCACCAGGUCUCUCCAGUAGAUUAACAAAGUAUGCCGCGGAAGCAAACAACAGAUUGACUCGUCAAUCUCAAUAUCAUGUGGGACAAUUUCCAAAAGUAAAUCUUCAAGGUAGUCCAGUUCCAGUAAUAAACCCGAAGUGUGUAAAAACGCGAACACCAGUGACGGUGAGAGUAGCUCCACCAGAUGCUGUUCGUUAUUCUCCGCCAGGAAAACAGAAGAUGUUAUCAAAUUUAUGUGACGUGGAUGAGAGCCUUAGUUCAAGCAGCGUCCCCUAUGGUCUCAGAGAGAUGUCGUUAAAGAGACACGCAUCGAGAGAAGACGUUACCUUCGACUUGGCAAAAAAGCAGCGUAUAGGCGGUGUUACCGUGAAUGAAGUUGAAACGCAGGAUGAAACGAAGCAAAAACGCAGCAGGGACGAAUCCUCAAAAUCGGAAGAAGACAUCUCGCCUCAAAACAAAAGUGCCAGACCCGCGAAGCGAACCAAAACGCCUUCCUGUUACGACAUUUUAAAUUCUUUCAGUUCCAGCAAGAAUGUAGUUUCAGGAAUCAAAAGGAAAGCCAGAGAUCUUUCUCGGAGCGGAACGCCAGAUUUUGAAAAGCAUUUUAAAUCACUGGAAUCUGUACCGAAUUCCAGUGUGCAAGCUUUAUCAGAAGCACAAAUCAAGAACGUAACGUAUCGUGAUCAUGGAGCAACAGAAAAGAAACAGUUAAACGCACGAAAUAGUUUGGAUCCAGUUCAGGGAAAAUUGUCCCCAGUGAAGGGAAUUUUGAAAACUAGUUCAAAAGCUUUGGAGAUGGAUUCGCACGACAGAGAGGUUCACGCGAAUCUCGACAACCGGCACAACGGAGAAACUCGUACCGCAGGGGCUCCGGUAUUCGUGGACACAGAAUCGAGCAGAUUGACCAACAAGUUGUUCAUGAGAGCAGAACCAGAAAGAAAUGAGAAGUUAAGAAUGCUUGUCGAAGAACAAGGUAACAUUAGAGCGAAAUUCACAACGGACGAUGUAGAAGAGAUAAAGAAAGAGGAUAUAGCCGACAUGAGGCAGACUAGCAUGAAGGCCAGACUUCAAAGCAUGUUCGACGCGAUAUCCGGUAAAGCAACUAGUAAAAUUAACCCAGACGUGGUGAUUCAAGCGGAAGAAGUGAACACUGUCAAAUCUGUUCCGUGCCCCUCGAGUUGCGCCACUCUCAAUUCUUCAACAACCACAACGAACGCGAAUACUACGCCUAUUUCUACGUCCGCGGUCAGUCCCAGCCCCGGAAGUAAAUCAACGAAGCACGUAACUUUCGAUUUGACGAGCAAAGAAUCUUCGUUGGAUUCCAAGUUAUCUAGUAGCAACUCGAAGCCGAUGCUCGCCACCUCAGCUGGAAAUUCGUUCGUGGCCACAUCCGGUAAUGCAAUCUUCCCAUCACCCGUGACAAAUGUGAGUUCAGCCGUAUCAAGCUCCGAGCUCAAGAACGCAGCUCCAGCUAAGACAAUAAACGUAACGUCGUCCGCAACUCCGUUUGCUUCGGUUGCUGAUCCUUCGAGUCACCGAGUUGCAUCCACCAGCUCUACCCCUUCCGUGGUCACAGCGGCGACACCCGCGGUACUCUCAGGAAAUUCAUUCGGAGCGACAACCGGUGUCACGUUCAACUCUCCAACCAUAUCAGCCAGCUCUUCCUCGUUUGCAACGAAAACAAACAUGACUCCCGUCGGUCAGUUAAACCAGCCACACACGACCGAGAAAGCAUCAUCUGCGUCGAGUAUGACACCCACUAAUAACAAUACUGCAUUCUCUUCGCCGAUGCUGAGGUCUGUAACUUGGAGCGCGGAGAGUCCCGCCGGUCAGUUAAACCAGCCACACACAACCGAGAAAGCAUCAUCUACGUCGAGUAUGACAUCCACCAAUAACAACACCGCGUUCUCUUCGCCGAUGCUGAGGUCUGUAGCUUGGAGCGUGGCCACGACUAAUGCCGUGGAAAGCAAAGGGCAAAGCACACUAGUUGCGAGCGCUCCCACGACGGCGACUUCCUCGGUACCAACGACUGCCAUGUUGUCGACGUCGCCGUUCACAUUUGGAAACAAACCUACUACCGCGCAGCCUUUGAAACCCGAGGCGAGCUUCGUAUUUGGCUCAAAUUUUGGAGAAAAUAGUGCGCAAACCAGCGGAGGAUUAGCAAAUUUAACAGCAAAGUCUCAGGCAGCUCCUGUAUUGAAUGCGAAUCAGGGGGCAACAGGUUUGAAUCUUAUGGCCAAUACACCAGCGACAACCAGCGCAUUCAAUACAAACGUAAAAACCACAGCAACCCCAUUCAAAGCACCUGCAAUUUCUACCUUCUCCUUCGGCGCGGGUACUUCGGUUGCACCCAACAAAACAGCAUUCUCUUUUGGCGGUAUAGCGACGACCACCGUUGCAACCCCUGCUCCAACCACCGCUGCGACUACUACUGCCACUACCGCUGCGGCCAUCGGGUCCAUGUUCGGGACUACGCAAAGUCAACCAGUUUUUGGUGCUAGUUCGACUUCGAACGCAACCAACAGCGGUGGGAAUACAUCCGCCGUGACUCUUUUCAACCCUACCCCAACCGUAAUUGUAACUUCCGUUAGUAGCACGCCUAUCUUCUCCAACACCGUGCCUGGAUCUUCUUCGGGAAUGACAAGUACAAAUAAUACCACAUCGAUCUUCGGUUCGGUCGCGAACGCACCCUCUUCCAGAGAAGCUGGAAUUGGAAAAGCACCAAGCACCAAUAUAUUUUCUAACGCGAGCUCAGCGUCUGCCUUUGGCGCAACAGGCAACAUAUUUGGCCAAGCGAAAGCUCAGACAGGGAACAUGAAGGGCAUAGCAGGAACAUUUAUGAGUAACGCACCACCCCUCUUCGGAACACCAGCGACGACAGUGGCCACGUUCAACAGCCCCAGCACUUCGAGCAACACGGUUACCCCCAUUUUCGGUUCUGCAAUCGUUUCCACUAACGCAACCACUUCAGUCUUCGCCGCUACCAGCGUUACGUCUCCGGCAUUCGGAUCGCAGAGCAGCACCAUUUUGGGAGGACAAAGUAACGCGUCGCAAGCUUUCGGCGGUAGAACUUGCAUAUUCGGCACGGACCCCUCUGCAUCAGCAUCCGCAUCUACAUCUACAUCCGCAGCUCCUGUCUUUGGUGCUUCCGUUUCCACUUCCGCUCCAACCCCUCUAUUUGGAGCCCCUGUCUCCACUUCUGCUCCGAUCCCAGCGUCCACAGUUUCCAGUACGUUCACAGGACAAGGCGUGACCAGUCCGGCGUUCGGUGCACCAGUCAACGCUUCCGGACCAGUUCUCGCUCCCACUGGUGCAUUCGGUGACAGCAAAGCGCCUUCCUUUGGUCAAGCUUCGCCGUUUGCUACGUCGAACGCGACCCCAACCGUGUUUGGCUCUGGAAGUGCGAGCAACACGAACAGCACAACCAAUGCCACUAGCACCUCUGGCAUAUUCACCUUCGGAGCAAACCAGAAACCCAGCCAGCAGGCUGGCGCAUUCUCCUUCAACAGCAACGUUAACGCGAACACUAACACCGCAGCCCCAUCGGCCUCCACACCUUUUCAAUUCGGUGCAACCGCUUCGAAACCAGCAGCAGCCACAGGUUUCAACUUCUCCGCCCCAUCGACGACGCCAAGCAUCAACUUUGGAACAACCAGCGCACCGACUUUCAACGCAUCCAUGCCAGGCAUGUUCAGCAUCGGAAGCGGAUCGGCAGCUCCACGAUCCAGGAGUGUUAGAACGAGGAAACCGAGAUGAUGAAGAAUGUAAUCUCGUUCGUCGGGGGCACUCGAUUUCGCUGUAACGCCGAGAUCAAAAGAAUCAAGCCUAUUCGUUUUUUUUUUACCAGUUCCUGUACCAAGGAAUCUCAAGAAACGACGCGUAGAGAGUUACAGUUUCAAAAGGAGCCACUUACAAGUCCAACGACUAAAUAUCGUUUUAAAAUACAUCUCUCAUCAUUGUUUAAAUGUAUCCAUUUUGUACAUACGGUUACGUCAAAGUAGUUUCUCCUCUUUUUCUUUUAUCCAUUACCAUUUUAACUUCGCUUCGCUCAACGGAACAGAACAAACGAGAAAGAACUUGGAAGAGAGGAAAGAGGAUACGAAAAUUCACGGCAAACCGCGCAGCUGCUUUAUACCUACGCCUGUCGGAUCCACAUUCGAGAAGUUUUUGUUUAAUCGACGUUUAACGUUCGUCAAUCUAGUCGCCGACGAUCGAAAACAACGUUAGCCUUUGUCCGUUAAUUUUUCAUCGAUGGAUGAAUCACGGUAAAUUUCGGUUUGCUAUUGUUCUCGCGAUUCGGCUCGAUCGACUGCAUAGGAAGCGAGCUUAAUUUCUAAAAAAGGAGGAGAUCGGUUGAUAUAAUCAGCCCCGUUGCUCCAGCAGGCGAGCAACAGUUACAAGUUUUAGCGCCGACGAAGUUGUAUUUUAUUAUCCGACAUGCAACGUGUGACAAGGGAUACAACGUGUCCGUCGAUCUUGCCGAAAACAUGCGAAUUAGACUGAUAGAAGGGAAGAAGGACAAAAAAUAGUAGACCAGUGUCAAUAGAGAACGAGAUUCCGUGGUUCCCGGCGAACGAGGAAUGUUGUAAAAGAUGCGCAAUUAUUUUCUUCUACGUUUCGAGGCAGGUGUAUUUUCGAGAUAUUGUAUAGUUUAAGAAACGCUGGAAAUACGAACGUUGACGCUUUUCGAGUUUCACUUUACGCAUGUGGUAUUUCUUUCCGACCUUUCACCCUGCUGACAAAACCGAAUCGCUGUCCGUUUAGAACUCCCAAAUCGAUGCCGCAUAAGCAUCUGCACUCCUAUAUCCGGAGACAGAGUCUCCACUAUAUUUUCAUAAAAGUGACAUCAUCCCGGUAAGAAU